CCCGUCACCGGCUCGGCUCCGGGUCCAGACCCUCUCCCCUCACGGCCCCCGCCUCCCCUCCAGGCUCCCCCAGGAGCGUGGCUGGCACCCAGCACAACCCCAGUCCCCGCCGGCCCGGCGCACCCGGUGGCAGGCGGCGCCAGCAGCUCCUCCCAGUCGGCGUCCCGGGCGCCGAGAUCAGACCGGGUGAGAUGGAGACUCUGGGCCAGGGCUCCGCACGCGACAUCCCAGGAAGAGGCCAGCGGCGGGCGGCGGGUCAGCGGCGGGUGUACAGUCUCGGUCUCCAUCUGGCCACCUACACGCCAGGCCAGCUCCGGAACCUCUCUUACAGCUCUUUAAUUUCCGCCAGACUGAGGGACUGUAAAGGAAAAGAGCGACUUCCGCCUCGUUCGGCUGCAAACCCCAGAGCCGCAGCUUGUCGCCGGGGUGGGGAGAGACCAACUACCGUACACGCGCAUGCGCACGACGGCCGGUUUGAGCAGAUGGUGCAAAAUCUGCGGGGGGGUGCGGGAGAGCUGGAGUCCGGCGCAUGCGCACUGACAGCCUGGUCCAGCUGCUGGGCUGUGCGCAGGCGCGAUGCGGUGCGCGUGGGAACCCAGUGGCGGUUUGACGUUGGCCCCGGAGAUGUCGUGUGGAUGCCGGUGUCUGGACCUACCCGCAGGGUUGGUCCGGUGAGGAGAGUACGUCGUGAGGAAACGUCCAGGUUUUACGAAACGCAUCCCCGUGGACUUACCAGACUAGAGGACUCGCCUCACAGAAAGCUUAGUACCAGGGGUUCAGGCGACCAAGGGGACGACCUCGGAUACAACCGCGACCACGCAUGGUGUUUGGAGCCGAAGGCUCGCCCAUUCCUCCAUUGCGCCAACAGGCGGCGCAAGAGGGCGGUAGGAGUGUGCAUGCGCAGUUGGCGGACAUUUCCGCAGACAACGCUCACAGCCACCUCGGGUCUCUCGCGACACCAUGAAGGCAGGCGAGGACGCCAGAGGAGCGCGCAGCGAGAAGCCGAAGAAGUUAGGUCUCUGCGUCCUCUGCGGACUGCCCGCAGCAGGAAAGUCGACCUUCGCGCGUGCCCUCAGCCAUCGUCUACGGCAGGAGAGUAGCUGGGCCGUGGGCGUCGUCGCCUAUGAUGACGUCAUGCCAGACGCGUUCCUAGAGGAGGCGAGCGCUCGCCCAUUGACCAAGGCCAUGGAGCUCAUCCAGUCACCACGACCAUCCCAGUGGAAAUCGCUUCGCCAGGAACUGUUGAAGUACCUUGAAUACUUCUUUCUGGCUGUCAUUAACGGGUGUCAGAUGUCUGCCCCACCCAGCAGGACUGAAGCCAUGUGGGAGGAUUUUCUAACCUGCUUGAAGGAUCAAGAUCUGAUAUCUUCUUCAGCACUUGAGGCCCAGUCUCACUAUCUCUUAACGAAGACUGCUGUUUCUAGACCUCUGCUUUUGAUUUUAGAUGACAACUUUUAUUAUCAAAGUAUGAGAUAUGAAGUCUAUCAGCUGGCUCGGAAAUAUUCAUUAGGCUUCUGCCAGCUCUUUUUAGAAUGUUCUCUCGAGACCUGUCUACAGAGGAAUGGCCAGAGACCACUUCCAGUGCCUGCCGAGACCAUCCACCUGAUGGGAAGCAAGAUAGAAAAGCCCAACCCUGAGAAAAAUGCUUGGGAACACAACAGCCUCACAAUUCAGAGCCCAGCGUGUACUUCAGAGGCCAGACUGAAAUUGACUGAUUUACUGCUUACUGCUUUGGAAAAUCCAAUCAAAUACGUGGAGGAGAAUGUGGAACAAAAGGAAACAGACAGAAUUAUUUGUUCAACUAACAUUCUUCAUCAAGCUGAUCAGACCCUCCGAAGAAUUGUCUCUCAGACAAUGAAGGAAGCGAAAGGUGAACAAGUGUUUCCGUACAACUUGAAACUUCUAGCCGAAGAACUUAACAAGCUCAAAGCAGAGUUUUUGGAAGACCUAAGACAAGGAAACAAAAAAUACCUGUGCUUUCAACAAACCAUGGACUUAUCAGAUGUUAUUUCUUUUUUUCAUUAUGAGAAAGAUAACAUUGUACGGAAGUAUUUUUCAAAGCAGCAUUAAAACUUGAUUUCCAAUCAAA